GCGCUGAGCGUCCAGCGGCGCCAAUUUUCCCGGGUCGACUCUAAAGUGUAAUCUUUAAGCUUACUUUCGCGAUCCUUGGUCCAUUCCUGCAUUCUCUCGCAUCAGUGCACAAACUGCUCGCUUCUCCCUGCGAGUCGUUCUUUCCCUCCUCUCACCCCAUCGCUCGCACCUGGCCCUCGCACCUACAUCUCUGCACCGCGACUGCCUCUACUCGCAGCGUUUGCAUAUUGAGUCACUCGCGACUGGCAUUUAUUCACGAAUACCACCCAUUGCCUGCAGAGGGCCAAGUCACCCUGAUCUUGACUUGACCAAACAAUGAACGGCAUGGAGACCUACCACGGUCAUGUGCGAACCCCGGCCGAUGCCAUCAUUCUCUUCGAAGCAUGUCGCAUCGGCCUCCUCCCACGCGUGCAACGACGUCUCUCCGAAAAGGAGCGACAGUCGAUCAAAUCGGGCUCCGUUUUCGUCUGGGACGAGCGCGAAGCUGGCAUGCGACGAUGGACCGACGGCAAAUCGUGGAGUGCGAGUCGCGUCUCUGGAAGCUUCCUUACCUACCGCGAAAUGGAGGGUAAGCGUGGCGGCUCGAGUUACGACAAGAAUUCCAACCGCGACGGCAUGAUGAACCAGGAAAACGACUCCGACGGCGGUCCUGACGGCUAUCGGUACAAGCCAGAUGGUCUCAUGAAGCAAUCUUUCAGCAUCACCACGAACCAGGGCCAGCAUCUGCAUCUCAUCAGCUAUUUCUCACGAUCGACAACUGCUGCCAACAAUCUGAUGCUGCCAACCGCCGACCCUCAGCUUCGCCACAUUCGCCCAGAGAAGGGCAUGUAUCCCGACUCGACAGUGCACGAGCAGAGCACCAUCCCAGCCGUGACGCGUGGUCCCAUGGGCUCUCCAGGCUACACGCAUGCGCCCCAUCAGGCACCUCAGUAUGGCCGACCUUACUACCAUCACCCGGGCUGGGCACCACCAAGCCCGAUGCAUACUCCGCCUCCGCAUCACGCUUACUCGCCAUAUUACCACCAUCCCCAUGCACCUUACGGACACGGCAUGCACUACCCACCUCCGCCGGGCUCUUACCCUGCGCCUCCUGGUAUGACGGCAUUUGACAGGCCUCCGCCACCAAUGGGCAACACUGGUCUGCCUCCCCCAGCUCCUGGAGGACCCUAUGGCCAGUCGCACGGUGGCUAUCCAAGCAGCUACCCACCGCCGCCAGCGACAUACCACUCCGGUUACGCUGGGUAUCAGCCGCCGCCACUCCAGGCACCACCGUAUCCAGCGGCCGCACAAUCAUCAUCCUACAGCCAAACACAACAACCCGAGCAGCAGCCACAGCAGCAACAACCGACUCCAGCUGCUUCGGAAAGUGCGCAAGCGACCGACAGCAACUCGCAAUCGGAGUCAAAGCCCACCAGCGAGACUCAAGCUACAACCGGCGCUUCCCCACCAGCAGCCUCUUCUGGUCAGACCAUCCCAAGCAUAUCAGCAAUGCUCAACGAAGGAGGGCCGCCACCGGUUCGUGCCAACAGCAGGAGUCCAGGCGGCACAGCGCGUGCUGCUCUGCAUGACAUCCCAACUUCUAAGCUCGGCUUCGAGGCCAGUCGGGACAUGCAGACGAUUCGCAACCUCGACAAGACGACGUUCAAGCAGAACUUUGUCUAGACGAGGAUUUGCUACUGCUUUGAAAAGUGUUUGCUGUUUGAUUAGCGAUAGGCGCUGGAGGAGUAAUCUCUUUUACAUUGACUGUCGGUUUGAACAGCUUGGAGCACAGGCACAAGCGACGACAGCUUCUUUUGCUCAUCAUGAAAUGGAAUUGUCGCCAAGGUUUUAGCAUUGCAAAGCAGGAGCAUCAGAUCUCCGCGGAGUCUAUAGUCGAAAUGAAUCCGCAGAACUCGUUCUUCACACUACCACGGUCACAUCUUCUGUCUAUUUUCUCAUUUGCUCACUCCAUACGUGACGCUAAUGGAC